AUGCUUGCCUUCAUCACUAUCAUCGCCACGGUCCUUCACCUGUCUACCGCGCGUGCUGCUAACGCUAGGGGUCGUAACAGUAACACGCCUGACCCCGAUGUUCAACAUUGUGGACGUUCGUGGGGGGAUUUCGCGAACCUUGGCGCUGACAGAAAAGCUUGUCUGAACUAUGGAUCAGCUCAUUACAGCUGCCCAGCAGAUAGUUGUGCAAUUGGACAGGCACCAAGCCCCGGCGAAAAGUCUCGCACCCCUGUUCCUCUCUUCUCAGAGUGUGCUAAAUACCUCGGGAAUUUUGGCGAUGACACAAAACUUGACCCGAACAAGAUUGCAAUUAGAGUGGUGUCAUAUUGGAUCGGUUAUAAGAACAACACCCUCAGGGCCAUUGGAUAUGAUCAAUCACUGAAAACUGAGCCUCCCAGUCCCUUACCUGGAUAUUCAUGCACACUGCCUUUCCUAACUCCACAAGUCAUUGAAGUUUGUCGAAACUGUACAUUCCUACCUGAUGCCAAAUGGUAG